AGCGCGUCCCGCCGCUGUUGACAGCAUUUCAGAAUGGUGCAGCCAGUCUUGCCUCCUUGGUCGCUGGCUUUCUGCGCUGUGAUGGCCAGUCCUGUCCCGUCAGCCUGCUGCGUGGUGCUCGCCGCGGUGGUGAUGGUGUACGCUCAGAGGCACAGCCAGAUGGACACCCAUGUCCAGUACGAGCGGCUGGGCGCAGACGUGACCAUGCAGUGCGGGGCGAUGGACUGGGACGCGGCCGUGACCUGGACGGCCAACGGCACCGACAUCGAUGAGUCCCACCUCAACGGGUCGCACCUGGUGCUGCGGAAUGUCGACCUCGCACACAGCGGCCAGUACGCCUGCUACGAAGGUUCCUCGUGGCACCUCAAAUACCAGACCUACCUGAAAGUGGGAACCUCGCCCAAGGAGCCAGUGCUGAUGUGCCGAUCCAACAACUACCCCAAGGGAUUCUACUGCAGUUGGCACCUACCCAGUCCCACGUACAUCCCCAACGCCUUCAAUAUCACCGUCAUGCAUGGCCCAAGAGAGUUGGUCUGUGAGAAAGACGCUUUCCCCAAAAACAGGUGUCACAUCAGAUAUCUCCAGCUGUUCUCCACGGUGAAGUACAAGGUGACCUUGACAGUCACGAAUGCCCUGGGCAGAAACGCCACCACAAUCACCUUUGACGAGUUCGCCAUAGGUGGAGCUGUCGGACGGGACGUCCCACACCAUCACCGACGCCUACGCCGGCAAGGAGUACAUCAUCCAGGUGGCCGCCAAGGACAACGACAUCGGCACGUGGAGCGACUGGAGCGUCGCUGUGCACGCCACGCCCUGGACGGAGGAGCCCAAGCACCUCACCACAGAAGCCCAGGUGGCAGAGACGACGACCACCGGCACCUCCUCCUUCGUGCCACCCCCCACCACCAAGAUCUGCGACCUGGAGGCCGUCGUCGGCAGCGGGGCCGUGACUGUGUCCUGGGCAGAGGGAUUGGUACUGGCAGCAGUUGGCGUUCUGUUUAUUUAGCGGACGUAUCACAUUUCUCUUCAUCGCUUCACUUUGUAGAAGGACAGACCUGCCGCGCCGCGAGGGUUUCCCCGCCCGCUCCCCGAACUGCCAGGGGGACCGCGGAGCCUUUACAAAAAGAGAGAGAGACUACCCCCCUCCCCUGAUGCCCCCCCCCCAAACAGCGAGACGCGAACCCCGGCCGCGCUGCAGCGCAGCGCCCAGAGGAGAGCGCCAGCCAUCCCGGGCGAGAGAUCGGAUCAUACAGCUAAACCGCCAUGCCAAAGAUGCUACGCGACUUCGCUUCGCGCCCACGGCGCUCUGCUGCCGCCGCCGCCACAACACGGGUGACGAAACGUGUCAAACACACACGGGAAGGGGGAGGGGCCUCGAACCCACAAUGAGCCUUGUCAGGGGGCGACCCCCCUCCUCACUCCUCCCAGGGGGCUCUGAAGAACUGAACUGGCUUCCAGAAGCCCCAGGCUGGAGGGGCGCCGGGGGGGUUACUCCCCCGGAUGCGGUUCCCCACCCCCAGCCCCCAUGUGACAGGACAUGAGCGCUGUUUUCACGAGCGCAGACUAGUGCAUUGGGGGCUUUCUUUUUUACAGGAAAAAGGAAUCUAAGAAAACAACAGCCAAACCGACCCUCCUCCCUCCACCGCCCGCCUGCCCUGGACUCCCGGCACCUCCCAAACACCCACCCACGCCCCCCAGCCCGGGCGAAAUCAGUGAGGAGACGAUAGCUCCGGUGAAGUCUGCGACUCUCCCCUGGCCCAUCGCCUGGUUGUCUCUCUUUUUAUCACCUCCCUUCCAUUUCUACAGGGAAGCGCCUCGGUUUCUGUAUUUGUCUUAUUAUUGAAAAACAAAUAUUCAUAAUGGAACUGUAGCGACACAAACAUAUCUCCUCCCCAUGCUCGUCCGUUCCCACCCCCCGUCCUUCGUUCUCUCCUCCCCCCACGCCCGCCGCACCCCGGUCCUGUUUUGUAAGACAGCUCCCUGCCCGUUCCGAGUGCAGUAUUUAAUACCCAACGUCCCAGUAUUCCAAAAGUUAACAUACUGUAUUUGAAUUUUUUAUAGAUGUAUAUAUAAAAAAACAAACAAAAAAAUACACACACCCCCAAAAACACCCACCAAAAAUAAAAACCAACCCAGGAGAGAGGUUGUUCAUUAAACGUGAUCAUUUCGUGAUGA